AGAUCCGAAGGGAGCGUGCUCGACCUCCUUCCUCCCGACAUCCAUGCCACUCCUAAGGGAGGAGGAGGAGAUGGUGGAGUUGACGCAUCUGGACGUGCUCGUCGUCGAUGAAAGACACGGAGCCGAACGCCGUGCAGUGCGGAGAGCGUGAGGGGGAUGUGGGAGAGCGUGGAGGGAAAGGCGGAGGGUGUGAAGGUGCCGUGUGCGAGGUGCAAGCAUGCCGCCACGUGGUACGACGGCGCCGUCUAUCUCCUCGGCGGACGCAACAACAACAAUCUCCCCCUCAAGGACCUCUGGACUUACAACCUUGAUAAGAAGGAAUGGAAGGAGUUAGUGGGAGAGGGGGAGGCGCCCGGAUGCCUCCAGGAACACAGCCUGGUCGCCUAUAAGGGAAGACUUUACGUGUUCGGCGGAGAGGUCGGCUUCUCCUCCUCAGACGAGACCCCGCUCUGGUCCUACGACAUCAAGGCAAGCGGAAGCAAACUCUACGAAGGGUGCCUCGAUGUUACGGCCGGAUCCUCUCCGCAGACCUUGGUUGUAUGGAAGCCUUUACUCUCGCGCUUUCGAUCUCCUGACAUUUUAGGACCCCUUGGGAAAUGUCGCCAGCUGGAAUUCGACACGCUUCUCACGAUUGUUCGUGCCUUUUCUUCACGUCUCGAUGCGGAAGAGAGAGGGACAUGGAUGGGAGUUCUUAUGCUGCAUCGGAAAUUGAAUUGCCGCCUGGAGUCAUUUCAUGUGAUUGUGCAUGCCGUGGCUGCGUGUGCUCGAUGGAGGAAGCACAGCGGGAGGCAAGGGAAGAAGGGAUCGGGGAAAGGGAAGGGAAAAGCGGAAAGGAGGCCCACGGGAAGGAGAGGACACACGGCAAACGUCUACGACAAGGCCAUGUACAUCUGCGGAGGGUACCAGGACCUCCGGGGAUCUUCCAUGGAUAUCUGGAGAUACCUAUUCGAGGAGGAUCGUUGGGAGGAGGUACUGGUGACUAAGGGGGAGGCUGCCACAGCACCUUCUCCCCGACACAGUCACACCGCCGUGGUCUACGACUCCUACCUCUGGAUCCUCGGAGGAAUGACCAACCUCGUUGAGAAGGAUGACCUGUGGAAGCUGGACCUCACUUGCAUGAGGUGGAGCCAGGUGAAAGGAAAGACAGGACCAGGUCCUUUGCAUUCCCAUUCCGCCAUCAAGGUCCUCUCCUCCAUGCUUGUCUACGGGGGCAUCCGACUUGGACAACCGUCUUCCGAGCUCUGGGCCUUCCACUUUGGAACGGAGACAUGGGACCGGAUUCACCCUGGGGGUGAUGAGAAGCCGUUGCCUCGUUCCCAUGCAACUGUGAUUUUCCCAUACACUUCAACCUCAGAUGAGGGUCGAGAGGUCGUUGGCUAUGAUCCAGAUCUUGCCAAUGUCACUGCCAUCUUUGACACUUACAACAAGGACCUUCAACCAGUGGAACACUUUGUUCACACUCACUGCAAACACCGUGAGCCUGCAGGGCAGGCACGGCUCUACAUGUUUCAUAACCAAAGUCUCUCUUUGGAGGAGAAUGAAGAAGAUGAAGAGGACAACGAAGAAGAUCGGUGGUAUCGGGACUUCAAGGCGAAACGAAUGGAUGGGGCAACAGGGAAGCGAGUUUCCCGGGUGGAAAGCUUCUCUUCGGCGAGUCAGAACCUCCGCUUCUUCAAGGACCUCUCACGGAUCUCCCAGAUGAGCCUGUCACGCAUCACGGCCGACCGAAGUUACUCUGCCCUGGGUGAUGAAGAUGGGGAUCAGCUCAGCCUCACCAGCUCCCUUAUGAGCAAAUCCAUCAGUAUGAAUGGAUUUGCAUCUUGGAGGCGGAGCUUACCCCAUGAACCUAACUCUGUCCCCAGUCUCUCGGAUAUUGUGGGCCAAAUGGGGACAAAAGGGGCUCCACGGGAACCCAGUCUCAGUCUCUAUUCUCCAACUGAGUCUUAUAAUUCUCACCAGCAUGUCCCCAUAGCUGGUUAUACAGUCCGCAAUGGACAGCCGACUCAGCUGAUCAAUGUGGAGCCAUGCAUGACACAGACCUCAUUCGAACAGUUCACCCAGAUGAAGCCAGCCAGGACUGAUAUGGUGAAACAUGGAAACAAUGAAGAUGGAUUUCUCAUUGACCUGGAUAUCCUGCGACGUGAGGAACCCACUUCUGACUAUGCCAGCGUGGAGACAGACAGCGAUCGCAGUAAUACUUUCGGCUUUGACAAUCCAAAUUACAUUGGACCUGAAUCGUCUGUGUUCUACCGCCGUCGAAGACAGAAUGCAGAAGGGGAAAACCGGACAUCCCGUCCCCGCAAUGGUGCAUGUGCAUCUGUAUCAUCCUCUGUGAGACGUGCUCCCCAUGCUGAACUGGAUGAGUUCACAUCCCAUCAAAACAUCUUUGGUAUUGAUGCAAUGUCACACCAUGAGGAUGAUCUCACAUCUCAUAAUUACUCCAUGGAGAUGCAUGACUUGACGAGCAUCACAAGCACAGAGUUAGAGCGGGAGUUGACUCGGAUGUACCAGGGGCGACCCGGGACCGGUCCCAGCGAUAUUCCCAUCCAGACAUCCCCCCACACAUUCUCCAGCUCCAAGAUGACACCACUGCCUAUAAUGGAGCCAACAGUGGUGUAUGUCAUUGGAGGCAAGGACACUGGUCAGGUGGUUGCCUUCAGACGCCCCAUUGCGUUGUGGAAACUUGAUCUCACCAAGUGUCUCCUCUGAUGAUGUGAUCUGGUCAUGUGACUUGAUUGAGUGCUUCUAAUGAUUCAAUUGGUUAUGGGACUUCACUUUGCAUCCCCAGUCUACCAAGAUUUCAUCCCUGAUUGU